GACGACCCAAAACUAGACGACUCAGAGGAUAAUUUGCCCAGCAGUAAUAGUAAUAAUGAGCCCAGUGGUACCGAAACCACAUCACCCUACGCACGUGCCAACUUACAGCUGGCAAAGAAGAAGACGAAAGAAAGGCGGUCUUGGCGCCAAGCCGUAAAAGACAUGUACAAUAAUUUUGCUGGCCGUAGCCCGGUCGCUUCUGGGAUACCUGGCGAGAAUGGUGCUCGUAUCAUUCAUGUCAACAACAAGCAAUUAAACACCGAACAAAAAUUCUUACAUAAUAGGGUAACAACUGGAAAGUACAGCGUUAUUAGUUUUCUACCUAGAUUCUUGUAUGAAGAGUUUUCAAAAUAUGCGAAUAUUUUUUUCUUGUUCGUAUCGUGUAUACAGCAAAUCCCUGACAUUUCUCCGACUUCAAGAUGGACCACCCUUGUACCAUUAGUCAUCGUAUUAGCUAUCACUGCUGUGAAAGAAGUUGUCGAAGAUUGGGGUGUUCACAGGUCAGAUGCGGAAUUGAACUCUAAAAAAUCGAAAGUAUUGGAAGGAACUCAAUUUGUCGAGAAGAAAUGGAAGGAUAUAAAAGUGGGCGACGUUGUACGUAUAGAAAGUGGAGAGAACUUCCCGGCAGAUAUUAUUUUAAUCAGUAGUAGUGAGCCUGAAGGGCUUUGUUACAUUGAAACGAGUAAUUUGGACGGUGAAGUGAAUUUAAAAAUUAAACAGGCUUUACCCCAAACGGCAGAUAUUUUGAAUCCCGCAGAUAUGAGUAGACUACAAGGUGUCAUCAAGUCGGAACAACCCAACAACCGAUUGUAUAACUAUGAUGGUGCUUUUUCUUUAACAUCUUAUGGAAGCAAUCAUCGUGACAUUCCAUUAGAUCCUAAUCAACUAUUAUUGAGGGGCGCACAACUUAGAAAUACCUCUUGGAUUUAUGGAAUUGUUGUAUUUACAGGCCACGAAACGAAACUCAUGUUAAAUUCAAGUAAGAAACCCUCCAAGGUAUCAAACGUGACACGAAUUACAAAUCGCAAUAUCAUGUAUCUUUUUUGGAUAUUGGUCGCAAUGAGCAUUGCGGGUGCAAUUGGUGGGCUCUUAUUUACAAUGUAUAAAGGCGAACAAGCUUCAUACUUACCUAUUCAUACCUGGAGUCGUGGUCAAGAAUUUGGAUAUGAUAUUUUGACAUUCUUGAUUUUAUUCAAUUCAUUCAUCCCAAUCAGUUUAAUGGUCACAAUGGAAGUUGUCAAGUUUAUCUUGUCGUAUCUCAUCGAAUGUGACUUGGACAUGUAUUACGAACAUACCGACACACCAGCUACUGCACGCAGCAGCAGUUUGAUUGAAGAAUUGGGCCAAGUUAAAUUUGUGUUUUCGGAUAAGACUGGUACUUUGACAUGUAAUGAAAUGCAGUUCCGUCAAGUUUCUAUUGGUGGAUUAUUCUAUGCCGAUCAAGUUGAUCCGGAUAAACAAGCACGCGAAGGGUCUGAUGACCCGAAUCUGCAGUAUACUUUUGAUCAAUUACAGGAACAUUUAAAUACCCACACUACAGCCAACGUGAUCAAUGAAUUUCUUACCCUAUUGGCUGUAUGCCACACCGUCAUUCCUGAAAAGAAGCAAGACUCAGAUGAAAUCAUUUAUCAAGCCUCUUCUCCUGAUGAAGGGGCUCUUGUUGCCGGUGCCUCCACUCUGGGUUACAAAUUUCACACGCGUAGACCCAACUCAAUCACUUGUACUAUUCGCGGCAAAGAGGCAGAAUAUCAAAUUUUGAAUAUUUGUGAAUUCAACUCUACUCGUAAAAGAAUGUCUGCCAUCGUGCGUGGUCCUGAUAAACGUAUUAAGUUAUACUGUAAGGGUGCUGAUACUGUUAUUUUGGAACGGCUCGCACCUGAAAAUCCUUUUAUUGAGCCUACUUUGAUUCAACUGGAAGAUUGUGCAUCGGAAGGUCUUCGUACAUUAUGUAUUGCUAUGCGCGAAAUCCCUGAAGAAGAAUAUGCUCGUUGGUCUCAAAUUCAAGAAGCUGCUGCUACAACUUUAGUGAAUCGCGCUGAUGAAUUAGAUAAAGCCGCUGAACUUAUUGAAAAAGAUUUGUUCCUUUUAGGUGCUACUGCUAUUGAGGAUCGACUUCAAGAUGGCGUACCCGAUACAAUUCAUACAUUACAAGAAGCUGGGAUUAAGGUUUGGGUCUUAACUGGUGAUAGGCAAGAAACAGCUAUAAAUAUCGGUUACUCCUGUAAGCUUUUAAAUGAAGAUAUGAGUUUGAUCAUCUGUAAUGAAGACAACCACUGGGAGACAAAAAGCUUUUUAGAAAAAAAGCUGAGAGAUGUGAAUGAAGUUAUGGAACGCGGUGAAGAUAUGGAGCCUUUAGCUUUAAUUAUCGAUGGUAAAGCACUAACGUUUGCUUUGGAAAAAGAUAUCGAAAAGCUAUUUUUCGAUUUAUCGGUAUUAUGUAAAGCAGUUGUAUGCUGUCGUGUUUCGCCACUUCAAAAGGCAUUAGUCGUGAAAUGUGUAAAAAAAUUUGACAAUUCGAUUUUAUUGGCUAUUGGUGAUGGUGCCAAUGAUGUUUCUAUGAUUCAAGCAGCACAUGUUGGUGUUGGUAUCAGUGGUGUAGAAGGUUUACAAGCAGCUCGUAGCGCUGAUUUUGCCAUAUCGCAGUUUAGAUUUUUGCGAAAGUUACUGCUGGUUCAUGGUGCUUGGGCGUACCAACGUAUGAGUAAAAUGAUCUUUUAUUAUUUCUACAAGAAUAUUGCUCUUUAUUUAACUCAGUUUUGGUAUGCUUUCUAUAACGGAUUUUCCGGAUCUACGCUUUACGAAUCUUGGACAAUGUCAUGCUUCAACGUCUUGUUCACAUUUUUACCACCCCUUGUGAUUGGUGUUUUCGAUCAGAUUGUAUCUGCACGCAUGUUGGAUAAGUACCCUCAAAUGUAUAUGCUUGGUCAAAGAAAUGUCUUUUUCAACCAAAAGAAAUUUUGGGGUUGGAUUGCAAAUGCUACAUAUCAGUCCAUUGUUUUAUUUUUUUUGGGUGUUGCUGCAUUCAAAUCAGAAGGUGUAUUCAAGGAUGGACUAUUAGGCGGCCAAUGGUGGGUAGGUGCUGCGGUAUUUACGGGUGUUUUAGCGACCAUCUUAUGGAAAGGUGCAUUAAUUAUCGAUUUUUGGACCAAAUAUACAGUGAUUGCAAUGAUUGCAUCAAUGGCCGUUUGGUUUUUAUAUAUGAUUAUUGUGGCUUACAUUGGACCUGCUAUAUCAGUUAACGUAUUACCUGAAUACUAUGGGAUGGUCCCAAUGUUGUGGGGAAAUGCCAAUUUUUGGCUAUUUUUAAUCAUUGUGCCUUUUAUUUGUAAUUUACGAGAUUUUGUUUGGAAAUAUGGGCAACGUGUGUUCUGGCCUAUGCCAUAUCACCAUGUGCAAGAAAUUCAAUACUAUCGAUUGCCUGAUUAUAGACCCCGUAUGGACAGGUUUAGACAAGCGGUGAACAAAGUUCGUCGAAUUCAAAGAUUAAAACGUAGUCGUGGCUACGCUUUCUCUCAAAACGAAUCGGAUCAGACAAAGAUCAUUCGCGCUUAUGAUACAACUGUCCAAAAACCAACAGGUUAAUUUUUGU